UCCUACUAAACGCAGUAGCCAUAGCGAUGAUAAAUAUUUUGGUGACUUUGGAAAUUUCUUAUGGACAAACGAUGAAAUUUAUUAGGACAGCACCUCGUUAUCUGGAAACUGUCCUGCUGUUCUCGUCUGCGUUCGCGCCAGUGGUCGCGGCGGACAUGAUGGCGAGCGAGGCGCAGAAAAUAAAAGUCACUCUCAACAACAUUCUACAGACAGACGACUCCCUGCUGGAAGAUGAUCGUCGCAAAGUGAAACAGUUCGCGGGGUACGUCUCCGCUCGGCCGUUCCGGCUCCGCGCGUGUCGGGUGCUCUCGCUGGACUGCACACUCCCCGUGACCGUGCUCAGCAUCUGCGUCACCUACCUCAUCGUGGUCGUGCAGUUCACGCAUCUCUACUGA